AUUUUCCUCUGUCUUUUGGUCUUUGUGAACUUCUCCUUCUUCCUGUUUGGGUUUCCCGAGAAAAUCUAGCUAGAAAAAAGAAGGGAUCCAGUAGCAGAACCAGAAGCUAAACCCAAUCAAAGAGAAAGCUCUGAGCAAAAGACGUUUUCUGGGUUCGUUUGAUUGAAAAGAAAUGGCCGAUUCGACCAAAGUAAGGCUAGUUCGCUGCCCAAAAUGCGAGAAUCUCUUAUCAGAGCCUGAAGAUUCCCCCUUUUUCCAGUGUGGUGGCUGCUUCACCGUUCUUCGAGCCAAAAUCAAGGAGCGUGAAGCAGAUUCUGUUUCAGUCAAGUCCGUUGAAGAUAAAGCCAAACCAAUUUCAGCUAACUCUACUAGUUCCCCAGAGAAAGCAAUUGUGGAUUCUAGUGAAACUUCAUCUGACUCUGAUGUUCCAUCAAAUUCUGUUUCUUUGAGACACCACCAAAAUGUUGUUCCUGUUGAUGUUGAGAGUGAUCCUUGUUCAAAAGAACAAGGUAACAGAUCUAUAAUAGGGGAUAAAGAUGACCUUAAAUCGCAAUCGGGGAGACAAGACUCUGGUUUGGAUCGGUUUAGGAAAAGAACAACUAAGAGAUGUGAUUCUGAAAGUGUCAACAACAGAUUAUCCACAUCAAGGCAUCCUUGUGAUGAAGGCACUUCUUCUUCAGCUAACUACUUUCCAGAUUCACUCCAUGAGUUCCAGAAACAUUUGAAAGACCAGAGCAAUGAAGCAAUCGAGCAAGACCGAGCUGGACUUCUGAGACAGUUAGAAAAGAUCAAAGAACAGCUUGUUCAGUCUUGCAAUGUGGCGACUGACAAGUCUAAAGAACAGGUUCCUAGUUCUUCGUCUGCCUCAGGGUUGAACAAGGCGCCUCCAAUGCGGUUUCACAGUACGGGAAAUCACGCUGUUGGAGGUCCUUCUUAUUACCAUCAACAUCCUGAACCGCAGUUUCCGUACAACAACAACAAUGAAGUCCCUAUGCACCAUAGUCUGAUGCAUCCCUCUUAUGGAGACCCUCAUAGGUUCCCUAUACACGGAAGAGGUCCUCAUCCGCUGCAACCAUCUCAUCCCUACUUCUCGGGACAAUAUGUUGGUAAUAAUAACAACGGUCAUGACCUCUUUGACGCAUACCCGCAGCAAAACGGGCAUUUUCAUCACUCAUCUUGCUCUUGUUACCAGUGUUAUGAUAGUAAAUACUGGCGAGGUUCAGCACCGGUGAUCCCUGAUGCACCCUAUAACGCCGGUUUUUAUCCUCAUGAGAGCGUUAUGGGUUUUGCUCCACCGCAUAAUCCUAGAACUUAUGGUUCUCGUGGUCUACAGCCUCAUGGCAGAUGGCCUAGUAACUUCAGUGAUGCUCAAAUGGACUCUCUUUCGCGGAUUCGUCCUCCUAAAGUUGUAUUAUCAGGUGGAUCUCGUCAUAUCCGCCCUUUGGCAGGUGGUGCUCCGUUUAUAACCUGUCAAAACUGUUUUGAGCUUCUACAAUUGCCAAAGAAACCAGAGGCUGGUACAAAAAAACAGCAGAAAGUGCGAUGUGGAGCAUGCUCUUGUUUGAUAGAUUUAUCUGUUGUUAAUAACAAAUUCGUUCUUUCGACAAACACCGCUUCAACGAGACAAGGAGAAGCCCGUGUAGCUGCUGAUUACACUUCUGAUGACUAUGAUCUUCUUGGUUAUGUGUUUCAUUCGUUGGAUGAUGAACCAAGAGAUCUUCCGGGAUUGAUUUCAGACAAGUCUCGAGAUAUGCAACACGUUCAUUCUCAUUCUGCUAGCCUUUCCGAGGACGAGCUAAGCUCAGACAGUCUAACAGCUAAGUCACUAGCUCAAGCUCAAGAUUCUCCUCUUCACGAUAACUUUGUUGAUUACUCUUCGAUCAAUCAUGACCGGUCUGGAGCAGGCAGCCGUAGCUCUCGUUCAGAACACGACAAGGUCACACUGAGCAAGACUACAGCUAUGAGACAGAACUCCAUGAAAGAGGUUUCACUUGCAAGUGAGAUGGAAGUUAACUUCAACGACUACUCUCAUCGUAACAGUGGAGUAUCUAAAGAUCAGCAGCAAAGAGCCAAGAAGAGCGGAUUCGCAAGCAUUGUGAAGAAAAGCUUCAAGGAUCUGACAAAAUCUAUUCAGAAUGAUGAAGGGAACAAAAGCAAUGUUUCGAUAAAUGGACAUCCUUUAACAGAACGUCUGCUGAGAAAAGCUGAGAAGCAAGCCGGAGUCAUUCAGCCAGGAAACUACUGGUAUGAUUACAGAGCUGGAUUCUGGAGAGUAAUGGGAGGUCCAGGUCUUGGAAUAUUACCGAAGAGCUUAACUACCCAAUGCCAUAGAACUGCUCAGGUGGAAACGGGAGUGUUUGUCAACGGAAGAGAGCUUCACCGGAAAGAUUUGGACUUGCUUGCGGGUAGAGAACUUCCUCCAGACAGAGAUAGAUCAUACAUUGUUGACAUCACGGGUAGAGUCAUAGAUGUAGACACCGGUGAAAAGCUCGAUUGCCUCGGGAAACUAGCCCCAACGAUUGAGAAAUUGAAGCGUGGGUUUGGGAUGAGAGUCCCAAAGAGAACUACAUUGUUGUUCGUGGAGAAAAAGUUUUUACUGCUCACCAACAAACUCAAGAAGGUUGAUUCGGUUGAGAUGAUCAAAGAAGUAAGCACAACUCUUGAGAACCUAAGCUUAAAAACCAUGAGCUUUGGUGAGCUUGAAGAGGAGAAGGGGAAGGAUGGAGCAUUGAUGAAGGAACUCUCAAAUUUGAUGAUGGAGUCAUAUGACAAGCUCGAGAAGGAAGAGUUUGUCAACGCCAAACGAGUGUUGAUGAUUAAAACUCUCACUUCAAAUCUCAUCUCAAACAAAAUCGAAGUGGUUAAGGUCAUCCCUAGUGUUUUUGGAGAUUUCGGUUUCAAAACUUUGUACUAGCAGUUUGUGCUGGUACUUUUGGGAAGCUCGCAGAAGACGUGAAGCUAAGGAGGUUGGAUCGGUUGUAUUGAUCUGAAAAUCAAUGAAGCAUAUGAAAUGAU